AUGCCACAUGGCACGCCAGAGCAAGACCUUUCGAAGAACUUGGCCCGCAUCCUUCGCUACGAAGUGCAGAAGCACAAUCUCACCGUGGAUCCGGGUGGGUGGAUUCAGGUACACGAGCUCAUGCAGAAGUGCGGAGUCGGCCCAAGGGCCUCAAGGGAUGAAGUGAUCCAUGUGGCCAAAACCAGCGUGGGUUCUCACGGCAAACGCUUUGACUUGGAGGAGCCUGCCAAGGGCUUUUUCCGGAUCCGGGCCAGGUACGUGCACGGAAAGCGUGGCAAGGGUGGCAUGGGUGGCAAAGGUGGCAAGGGCGGCCAAGGUGGCAAGGGCGAGACGUUCCCCAAGCAAGACAGCAGUGGAAGCUUCUACGGCUCUAUGCCCCCCCAGCCUGCACAGACAAGACCCUACACACAUACGACGAAGGUGGACCAUCAGGACUGGCAAACCUCUGCACAACAGAUGCCUGAGAUCCCUGGAUGUGGUUCCAACUCCGCUUCGGCCUCCGCGGCAUGCGGCCCAGUUGAGACUGACCAUCCAUGGCGCGACAGCCAAGAUGCGCCCGAGGCACCCACAGCACCUCCUGUUGGCCAGCUUGGUCCGGACAUCACCACCAGACCCCAGUCGGGACCCCAGUCCUUUGACAUCUCCACCCCACGCUGCAUCCAGGACACAUCCUGGAAGCCGUACAAGGACCCCACUACGGGCCGGACCUGGUAUUUCAACAGCAAAACAGAGGAGUUCUUUUUCGCGGACACAGCUGCAGAGCGCGGUUGGCAAAGGUACGAAAGCGAUCGCGGACCUUGGUGGCACAAUGAGAGCAAAGAGACGUGGUUCUGGGAGCAGUCAUCGAACUAG